AUGGCAGAACUCACUGAUGAUGCCGACUGCGAUGCCGGCGAAACGUUUGAGAAUGUACCAAUUCCAUUGUCUGAUGCUGGGAAUUAUGACAACUACUAUGGCAGAGAACUUCGGAAAAGUAUAUCACGUAAGAUGGGUCAGGACAUAAAAGGAGGUAAAGCACAACCGUUUGGGCAGAAAGAUGAUCAAGGGAGUGACUUCACUUGUCUUUUGACGAGGUGUAGUUUGGUGCUGAGAAUGGCACGACCCAGCGAUUAUGCCGACUAUGAUGCCGGCGGAACGUUUGAAAAUGUAUUAAAUUCACAGUCUACCGCUGGAAAUUAUGCUAACCGCUAUAGCAGACGAUUUCGGACAAGCUGCGUCCAACUAAAUCGCCCUUACAUCACGACCAAGUUGCGAUAA